AUGUCUAAAAGAAAUGAACAGCAAAUGAGUUACGAUGUCUUUGCAUUGGUAUAUACAUCAUUCAUUAACAAGGUUGUCAAGGAUGGGGUAGGAAAAGACAGAGAGAAGAUGUUUAGGAUCGGAGUCAGGAUUGGAGAAAGGCUGGCCGAUGACUUCUUCUUUACAGCAAGCCCGGGGAAACCUAUGAGCCUAGCUGAAAUAUCAAAAGACGUGUCUGAGACCUUUUUUCCGCACUACUUCUCAUUCCGCCCCACAUACAACCAAGGGAUUAUUGCCUUGAAAAAGUUUCCGAUGCUUCAGUACACAAGAAAGGAAAAGAAAUGUUUAGAGAUGAUCUGUGGAAUCCUAAAGGGGGUCUAUAAUCAUGUAUCGAAGGAAGACAUCUGGUUUGAGGCCUCGGAGGAUAGUGGGGAGUACUGUAUAAUAGUAAGAGAUGCUGGGUGUGCUAUGGAUCCUGUUGUGAUGAAGUUCAGCGAUGACCUAGGUGAAAAGAAUUAG